CUUUACCACUACCCACUUCUCAACUCUCUUUCUCUAACUUCACUUCUCUUCCAUUAGUUUCUUGCCUUCUUCCUUUCAUUCUUCUUUGUUUCCAUGGAUUGCUAUCAGCUCUUCAGAUUGGUUGUUGUUGUGAGUUGUGCUUUAGUUUCAGUGAUGAUCACAUCCUUUCCAGAAACAAGUUUGGUGUUUGGGUUGAGCCAGCGGACGCCAUGCGAGUUCGAUGCAAUCUUCAACUUUGGUGACUCAAAUUCCGAUACCGGUGGCCUCUCUGCGGCAUUUGGACAAGCACCUCCACCCAAUGGGGAAACCUAUUUCCAUGCCCCCGCUGGACGAUACUCUGAUGGUCGUCUUGUAAUCGAUUUCAUAGCGGAGAGCUUAGGACUACCUUAUCUGAAUGCCUACCUUGAUUCAGUGGGGUCUAACUUCACUCAUGGAGCUAAUUUUGCAACUGCUGCAUCAACAAUUAGACCACAAAAUAUAACUCUCUCACAAGGUGGGUUUAGUCCUUUCUCCCUAAACGUUCAAUUCUAUCAGUUCAACGAUUUUCAUCGAAGAUCUCAAGAGGCUCGUCGACAAGGAUUUGUUUGGCAGGAAUUGAUGCCCACGGAAGAGAGCUUCUCUCGUGCCUUGUACACAUUUGACAUCGGUCAGAAUGAUCUAACGGCUGGCUACUUCCUUAACAUGUCGAUUGACCAAGUUAGGGCAUACGUCCCUGAUUUACUAGAUCAGUUCACUACUAUCAUAAAGUAUAUAUAUGGGGAAGGAGGGAGGUCCUUCUGGAUACACAACACAGGCCCAGUGGGCUGCCUUCCCUACAUUAUGGAUCGGUUGCUCAUCACAGCUGCACAAGUAGAUAAAGCUGGGUGUGCCAGUCCCUUCAAUGAGGUGGCUCAGUUCUUCAAUAUCAGAUUAAAAGAGGCUAUGGCUCAACUCAGGAAAGAUCUCCCAUUGGCUUCCAUUACCUAUGUAGAUGUUUAUUCUGUCAAGUACUUCCUCAUCAGCAAGGCCUCCAAGCAUGGGUUUGAACUCCCUCUUGUAGCUUGCUGUGGGCAUGGUGGGAAGUACAACUACAACAGGCACAUGGGCUGUGGAUCAAAGAUUAUGAAAAAUGGAAAACAGAUUCUGCUUGGGCGAUCUUGCAAAGAUCCAUCGGUUCGGAUCAACUGGGAUGGAGUUCAUUACACCGAAGCUGCAAACAAAUGGGUUUUUGACCGGAUCGUCGAUGGAUCGUAUUCUGACCCGCCCAUGCCAUUGAAAAUGGCCUGUCAUUGGGUUGCCAACUGACUUGAUUCCUUGUCAUUAAAAGUUUUUUUUUUUCCCUCGCUCUACCAACAACUAUAAAUUCUGGAUAAAAAAAAUUGAUUUUUUUUUUUUUUUCACUCUAAGAAAUUUCGAUGAAAGUUGAAUGCUUCUAAUUCAACCAUGGUAUGAUCAUAUCCAUGUAAUUAUGGGGUCAAUAUAGACCCGUGGGACUAGUCAAGCCAGACUGUGAUACUUAUUAUUUAAAAAAAAAAAAAACCAUUGGGACAAGGGUCUUAGGCCCAAUGCUUUUUCUUGCCAAACA